AUGCAGCUUUUAUGGCUCUGCUGGGUACUCUGGGUGCUGCCCCUGGCCAGCCCUGGGACAGCCCUGACAGAGGAUCAAGUCCUGGACAACCUGCUGCGGCAACUGGGGCUCCGCCAGGCACCCGUCCUGGGCAAGGCCGAUGUGGAGGGGCUGUCCAUCCCUGCCCACGUGAGAGCCGAGUAUGUGGCUCUCCUGCAGCAUAGCCAUGGGGACCGUUCCCGUGGGAAGAGGUUCAGUCAGAACUUUCGAGAGGUGGCUGGCAGGUUCCUGGCAUCCGAGGCCUCCACGCACCUGCUGGUGUUUGGCCUGGAGCAGCGGCUGCCGCCCGGCAACGAACUAGUACAGGCGGUGCUGCGGCUAUUCCAGGAGCCAGCGCCCAAGGCCGCGCUCCGCCGUCUGGAGCGGCUGUCCUUGCGCGGCGCCCGGGCCCGCGUCACCAUCGAGUGGCUGCGCGUCCGCGAUGAUGGCUCCAAUCGUACAUCCCUCAUCGACUCCAGGCUAGUGUCCGUCCAGGAGAGCGGCUGGCUGGCCUUCGACGUGACUGAGGCCGUGAACUUCUGGCGGCAGCUGCGCCAGCCCCGGCAGCCUCUGCUGCUCCAAGUGUCGGUGCAGAAGGAGUUCCUGGGCACGGGCAGAUGGGUAGUCUUCCCAGAUGCCCUCUAAGCUGGACCCUGGGCCUCCCUGAACUCAGCACUUCUGGUUGACCUGACUGCCUCUUCUUGCCCUUACAGAGCUCAAGGCAACUGUGACCCUGAGGCAGCCAUGACUGAGAGCACUCGCUGCUGCCGCCAGGAGACGUACCUGGACCUACAGGGAAUGAAGUGGGCUGAGAACUGGGUCCUGGAGCCCCCAGGCUUUCUAGCCUAUGAGUGUGUGGGCAGCUGCCUGCAGCCCCCAGAGCCCCUGACCUUCAAGUGGCCAUUUUUGGGACCACGGCAGUGCAUUGCCUCGGAGACAGCUGCACUGCCCAUGAUUGUCAGCAUCAAGGAAGGAGGCAGGAUCCGGUCCCAGGUGGUCAGUCUGCCCAACAUGAGGGUGCAGAAGUGCAGCUGCACCUGGGAUGGGGCACCUGUGCCAAGGGUGCUUGAGCCGUAG